CAGGCGUCGUAGCUCAGUGUGUAGAAGUAGCCGCUAGUUCAGUCAUGCUCCAGACAGAGCUCCAGCUCUAACCCCUAACCCCAGCCUCACGGAGCCCACAGAGAGGAUACUUUGCUGGGCAGCAGGAUGCAGAGAGAAGGCCUCUGGAAUCUGGCUCUCUAGGAGGGGGACCAGUUGAGAUCUAAUCCCAGGACAGAGGGAGUAGAGUGGGAGAGAGAGCCAGAGAUGAGCCCCUGUGUGAGAUGGGAGAAGUGCACAUGAGCAGAGCCUGAGGAGGGAACUGAACCGGAGCACCAAGGCUCACUGAGCACUGCCUGACUGACGACACACACAUACAUCUGCAGGAUACACUCUCACAAACAAACACACAAAGGGAAGCCCAGAGGAAGUCCAGGAGGCAUCCAGCUAGCCAGUAGAAGAACACCAUGCAGGGUGUGGUGGGGGUGAGACAGGGGUUGUCGUGGAGCCUGUGUGCCCUGCUCUGCCUCUCUCUCUGGGGGCUGAGCCAGUGCCGAGGCUCCAGACAGGCCAGAGAGACCAGGGUCCAGCCCAGGGACCAUCCCAUGCUCAGGGCCAAACGAGCUCCCGCUGAGGAUGUCAAGAAGUGCUCCUACACCUUCCUGAUUCCCGAGCAGAAGAUCACAGGCCCCAUCUGUGCCAGUGCCACGGGCCCGGAGCCAGACAAGGAGCGUGUGACACGGAUGGACAUAGCUGACGUGAGAGAGGUGCUGUCCAAGCAGAGACGGGUGAUUGAGACCAUGCAGCUGGUGGUGGACGUGGACGGCAACAUGGUGAACGAGAUGAAGCUGCUGAGGAAAGAGAGCAGGAACAUGAACUCCAGGGUGACCCAGCUUUACAUGCAGCUGCUGCACGAGAUCAUCAGGAAGAGGGACAACUCUCUGGAGCUGGCCCAGCUGGAGACCCGGGUUCUCAACGUCACCUCAGAGAUGCUGAGACUUGCCUCCCGCUACAAGGAGCUGGAGGGGCGUUUCGCAUUGAUGGCGGGGGUGGUGAACAACCAGUCAGUGCUGAUUGCUGCGUUGGAGGAGCAGUGUCUACGGACCCUGGGGCAUAGUGAGCUACCUGUGGUCCCCCCGCUGGUCCAGGUGGUGCCAGAGAAUAUCCCUGUCAACAGCCGCUUUACCAACGAGAUACAGAGGGACCACACCAACCGAGCCUUCCCACGUGGGUCACGCAUGGACUCCCCCACUGCCUCCCCAUUUGCACUCAACCCACCGCCACCGCAGGGCACGCUCACCUCAGACGGUCCAUUUAAGGAUUGCUACCAGGUGCGCCAGGCAGGCCACAGCACCAGUGGGAUGUACCUGCUUAAGUCUGAGGGCAGUGACCAGCUGAUCCAGGCCUGGUGUGAACAUGGCCUAGACAACGGAGGCUGGACUGUGCUACAGAGGAGGAAGGACGGAUCCGUCAACUUCUUCAGGAACUGGGAGAAUUACAAGAAAGGCUUUGGGAACAUUGACAGUGAGUACUGGCUGGGUCUGGAGAACAUCUAUAACCUAGGGAAGCAGGGGGACUACAGGUUGCUGGUAGAGCUGGAGGACUGGGUGGGGAAGAAGGUGUAUGCUGAGUACAGCAGCUUCCACCUGGAGCCUGAGAGUGAGGGCUACCGCCUGAGACUGGGCACCUACCAGGGAAACGCUGGAGACUCCCUCAGCAGCCACAACGGGAAAAUGUUCACCACGCUGGACAGGGACAAGGACGCUUUCUCAGGUAACUGUGCCCACUUCCAUAAGGGUGGCUGGUGGUACAAUGCCUGUGGCCAGACCAACCUAAACGGUGUAUGGUACAGCGGAGGGGUUUACCGUAGUAAGUUCCAGGAUGGAAUCUUCUGGGCCGAGUACGGAGGAGGGUUCUACUCCCUGAAGUCCGUCCGCAUGAUGAUCCGACCUAUCGACUGAGCCUGGAUCAGGCUCUAUCCCCUUACCUACGCCAUGACCUUUGACUCAUCAUGACCCCUACCCUCCCACCCCACCCCCUAGACUCCCGACCCCUCUCAGUUUCUCUACCAAGCUACCCUUCAUCUCCAUGCUUCAUUCCAUCCUUCCAUUCUCAAGUGGGUCAGAGAAGUCGAUUUCAACAGUCACUGCCCAAAUCAUGCUUCAUGGAAACCCUGGUUAUUUUUGACCCUCUCUGGACAGAAGACACAGCGUUCUGCCACGUUUCAGCUGUGCUCCUAUUGAGUCCUCUCUAACAUGGCCAGACAACCACAUAAUAAUGCUGUGACAGACAGCAGAGGACAGCCAGAGUAUGGAUUCUAACACAGAGCUAUCUGCCACUGCCUUCUACAACAGUCUCUAUGUAUACAGUAUGUUACUCCACCUUGUUACAGUUCAAUACGCUAUGAAGGUGAUUACUCUAGGAAUUUUGGAGAUUACUUACAGUGAGGGAAAAAAGUAUUUGAUCCCCUGCUGAUUUUGUACGUUUGCCCACUGACAAAGAAA